AUGGCGGGGAGGAAGAAAGGCGGUUAUGAUGGCAAAAUUGCCGGCUUGUACGAUCUGGAGGAGACAAUCGGGCAGGGUCAUUUCGCUGUUGUGAAGCUUGCGAGACAUGUAUUUACGGGUGAAAAAGUCGCAGUCAAAGUCAUCGACAAACAGAAGCUUGAUGACAUCUCACGGUCACAUCUUUUUCAAGAAGUCAGGUGCAUGAAGCUGGUGCAGCAUCCAAAUGUCGUGCGUCUAUACGAAGUUAUUGACACCCAGACGAAGCUGUACCUCAUCCUGGAGCUGGGCGAUGGAGAUAUGUACGACUACAUCAUGAAACACAACGAUGGAUUAGACGAAGUCCUAGCCAAAAAGUACUUCCGCCAGAUUGUGGAGGCAAUAUUGUACUGUCACAGGCUGCACGUAGUUCACAGAGAUUUAAAGCCAGAAAAUGUGGUGUUUUUUAAUAAGCUGGGACUGGUCAAGCUCACGGAUUUUGGGUUCAGCAAUGUGUUUGCUCCAGGUAAAAAACUGGAGACGUCCUGUGGGUCGCUAGCAUAUUCUGCCCCAGAAAUUCUUCUUGGAGACUCAUAUGAUCCACCAGCAGUUGAUGUGUGGAGUCUUGGAGUCAUUCUUUUCAUGCUCGUAGCAGGUAGACCACCAUUUCAGGAGGCUAAUGACAGUGAGACCCUGACUAUGAUUAUGGACUGCAAGUAUCAGAUACCGUCUCAUGUUUCAGAUUCAUGCAGGAAUUUGAUAUCAAAGAUGCUUGUUCGAGAUCCAUCAAAACGCAUUAGCUUAGAGGACAUUGAACGACAUAGGUGGCUGGCAAAUGAAGAUUGUGUUGACAAUAUGACAAGGAUCAACCUGCCUCUUCUAACACGAGAACAUGUAUCCGAGGAGGACCACAAUUAUGUUGUCCAGAAAAUGGUGGAGGGAAAAAUUUGCUCAAGGGAGGAAAUUUUACACUCCUUGGACCGUGAUGCCUAUGACCACAUUGCUGCCACUUACUACCUUUUAGUGGAGCGACGGCUACGUAAACUCCAGCAGCAAGAGGCAGCUGCAAUGGAGGCACAUGCUAGAAGCAUGCAGAAAAUGAUGCCAUCAACCAGCAUAGCUGCAGUCAACAAACCACGUCUUGAGCCUCUCAUGUUAUCACCUCGGACCCAGUCAUCAUCCUCUGAGCACUCUGAUUCCUCCAGUCUGGUCCACUCUCUUGUCUCGCCGCCAGGCACUCACCCAUCUCCGGCUUCAGCAUCGCCGAAAACCACACUUGUGACACCAGACGCCAUUUUUGCUGCAGUUCGCAAGUGUAGUCUCAUUCGGGAGGAAUCCCAGGAUGAUGACGAUGAUGAUGACUUGGAUGAUUUUGAAAUGGCCCCUUCGGAGCUGAAACCUUCAAAAAGCCUGGAGAUUCUGGAUGAACGAAUUUCAGAGCUGCCGACCACUUCUUCUAGCCAAAUAAUAGGUUUGUCACCAAUGUCAGGAAACUCAGGGCAAGACCUUGCUAGUCCUCGUCGACCUCUCAAGUCUGUCUGUAGCUCUCCUCAGCUGCUGAAUCAAAUUCAUGAGGAAAAUGAGUCGGAGGAUGAAGAUGAUUUCGUUCCCUUGAAAUUGUCAGCCCCGCGUGGAAGAUACACUCAUGGCGGAUUAGCUUCACCAGAAAUUCUGAGAAAAUAUGACCAGAGGCGACGAAGGAAAGGAGCUGGGCAGAGAGGCACCAGCUGCAGUAGUUCAGAUGCUAGCGACACAGACGACACUGAUGGGAGGUCAAGGAAGGACAAACUCAAACAUAAGUUCAUGCACAGGCGAGACAGCAGUGACCAUUCUAGUGAUACAGAUGGCCCCAAUGGUGGGAACAGUAUGGGGGGUGGAGGUUCUAUAGGAAACGCUGGUGGUGGGUCAAAGUCCAACUACAGAAGCAGUAGACGGGGAGGUGGUGGAGGAGAUGGUGGCGGUGGUGGUGGAGGAGGUAAUAAUGGUGAUAAAGGUGGCAAAAGCCAUUCCAAACAACACAUAUUUUAUAUUAGUGAUAAUAACUCCAGUAGUGAAGAUCCUACAGAUGUGGAUUUGCCUCUUCCAGAGAACGACACUGCGACUGCUGAAUGUAUUAACAACAGUAUUAAUGUGGAGGUGUCCAGCCACAGCUCCACUACCAGUGACGACAGUCACAAGAGCGUUGUGGUCAGUGUCGUCAACAAAAGAAGCCAGCUGGUACGACAGAAGCCUGUGAAUGGGAUUGAUACGAACGAGCAGAGCCUGGACGUGUUGCAAAGAGACUUUGACCUCAUGUCUGUUAGUAGAAAGCUUUGGGCUCUAAGUGCAUCUGCAACAUUGUCAUCCCCCUCAACAAACAGCAGAGCUGCUAAUAAAGUAUUUAACAGCACAGGAAUAUUUAACGGUAAGAACAAGGAUACUUCUGUCAGCAGUCAGUUGACAAAUGUUGGAGUUUCUCCAUUGCAUUCACAGAUGACUGCUCCCUUUCAUGGACAUCUGUUAUCCAAAGGAAAGGAAUCCAGGAGUUUCACAAAGUCCUUGGAUGUACCAGACAUCAAAGACUACCUGGACGCCCGGUGCCGGUUCAGUGUAUGCCUAGGAAGCUGUGGGUUAGUUAUGCUGGCACAUCAAACCACUGGCUCAACCCAUGUCAACCUCAGCAAGUUCACCUCGACCUGUUGUACAGUGGAUGUGGGCACUCCUUUCAUACAAAUGGAUACUACCUGUUGUUCUGUUGUUUGA